CCCUGUUCCCUCUGUGCCCCUUUUUCUCUCCGUUUCACCAGUGUCCAGCUCUCACUGUGGCUGGUGGGGGCUCUGGGGGUAUCUGGGGUCCCUGGCCAGGGACUCUGGGGACUGGGUGCCAGGGAAUAUCUGGCAGGACCCUGACUUGGGUUAUGGGGGUGUCUGGGGCCCCUGGCUGUGGGGUCUGGGCUCUGGGUAUUGGGGUGUCUGGGGGCUGCUACUAACCAUGAUCCUUCUCUCUGAUCAGCUUGUGCCAGAAUCCUGGCUCCAAGCACUGCCAGGCAGUCCCCAGCCAGGCCCACUCACCAUGGUAACUUUCUAUGCACUUAUCAAACACUGUGAGGUGAAAUCGCACAUUUUUCUUUUUUCCAGUCUUGAAAACUGCAGGAACUUCUGGUCCUGUAGGGAAUAUUCAUUACCCCACCCCUAGUCCUUGUCCUAGAUCUGCGGGGUGAGGGAGAUGGGAAAGGGGUUAGCACUGCCACACUAUGGUCUCUUCCACAGUGUUCUGGACUCGUUCUUUCUGAAAUCUGGUUUCAUUGAGAACAUUGUUAAUCCAGAGUCACUGUAUGAGGGAAAAAAAAAAAAAAAAAGGAGGAGGAGUGACUCCAGAUGAACACUGGGGCAAAUGACAUUAACAGUUCUCCCUGUGAGGAGGGGCUCUCAUUAGCUGCUCUCCCUAGAGAGCUAAAGGAGGGAAGCUGCUCAAACGCUCUGUCCCUCUCUGCUCAGGAUGUUGGGGUUCAGGUUCCUCUGUCAGAUGCUGAGGUCUCCAUUGUGAUCUGGGAGACCAGGCUUAGCAGCUGCUUCUCCCCCAGCAGCUGGGCUCUGUGCUGGGAAGUGACCUUUUAAAUAAAGCGGCUUCUCUGCCACACCCACUUGAUGACUUUCUCCAGCCCUGGGGCAGACCUGAGCCCUGUUUAUACUAAAUUCUGAGCCACAGACUUCAGGUAACUGAAAGAAGCCAAGGGAAAAUGCUGUAGGCUGGCAUUAAAAUGACUCUACACAAACAGCUGUGCCCCCUUCCCAUCCCCCAAUCAUUUCUCCUGCCAUUAGCAAGUGCAGGAGCAAAUCCAGCUAUGGGGAGCAACCAACCCAGGAAUGAGACUUUCCUACCAGAUUGGCAGGGAGAGGGGACAGGGAAAAGGAGAUAGAAGGAGAAAGAGACACUGAAAGGGGCCUUGGGAGAGAAGAGUUUGGAGAGAGAUUUCCAGAUCUGUAAUCUGCCCAGACUGAUGUAUUACUGCACCCUUGGUGGAGUCACUUUCCUGUGGACAAGAUGAGGAUCAGACUGAGGAAAACCCAGUUCCUGACUCCAUAUCCCUCCUGUUGGGGUGUGGCUGCCAUGGGGGGCCAGUGACCUUUGAGAAGGUGGCUGUGUAGAAGAGUGGGCUCUCCUGGACCCUGCUUAGGAGCCCUCUACAGACAAGUCAUGCAGAAGAACUAUGAGAGCGUGACCUCCCUGGAUGGGUAGGAGCGAGGACUCUAACCCUCCCCCUUAUGGCCCGGCACUUCUAGGACUUGGGGGUCAGGUGUGGCAGCAGGUGACGCAAUGGUAUGUGAGAAAGAGGAGCAGAAUUCUCAGCCGGAAAAUGUUGAGCAAGUGGAUAAACACAGAGAAUUAUCGCAAAGAUUAGAAAGGAAUGUGUCCAGGAGUCAUGAGCAGGGACAUUCGUGUGAGAUUCAGCACAGAUCAGAAAGAGAGCAAGGAAACCAGCCAGGGGAGAAAGUGAGUAAAUGUAUUUCCUGUUGGGGAACUCAGAAGGACCUCAAGCAAACCGCAACCCAGCAGGAAAUCCUCAUGGGAAAGAGAAAAAAUACAUGCACUGAGUGUGGAAAAAACGUAUGUGACUGCUCAGCCCUUAUAAAGCGUCAGAGAAUCCACACAAGAGAGAGGCCUUAUGAAUGCAGUGAGUGUGGGAAAAACUUUACUCACAGAUCACACCUUAUUACCCAUCAGAGAAUCCACACAGGGGAGAGACCUUAUAAAUGCAGUGUGUGUGGGAAAAGCUUCACUACCAGCUCAGCCCUUUCUGAACAUCAGAGAAUCCACACAGGGGAGAGGCCCUAUGAAUGCACUGAAUGCUGGAAAACCUUCACACGCAGCUCGCACCUUACUAGGCAUCAGACAAUCCACACAGGAGAGAGGCCCUAUGAGUGCCGUGAGUGUGGGAAAAGCUUCACUACCAGCUCAGCCCUUUCUGAACAUCAGAGAAUCCACACAGGGGAGAGGGCCUAUGUAUGCAGUGAGUGUGGGAAAAACUUUACUCACAGAUCAGGACUUUUUCUCCAUCAAAGCAUCCACACAGGGGAGAGGCCCUAUGAAUGUUGUGAGUGUGGGCAAACCUUCAGUCGCAGUUCACACCUUAGUAGGCAUCAGAAAAUCCACACAGGAGAGAGGCCUUACGAAUGCCGUGAGUGUGGGAAAAGCUUCACUACCAGCUCAGCUCUUUCUGAACAUCUGAGAAUCCACACAGGGGAGAGGCCCUAUGAAUGCCAUGAGUGUGGGAAAAGCUUCACUAUCAGCUCAGCCCUUUCUGAACAUCAGAGAAUCCACACAGUGGAGAAGCCCUAUGAAUGCAGUGAGUGUGGGAAAACCUUCAGUCGCAGCUCAUACCUUUUUCAACAUCAGAGAAUCCACACAGGUGAGAGGCCCUAUAAAUGCAUUGAGUGUGGGAAAAGCUUCGCUACCAGCUCAGUACUUUCUGAUCAUCAGAAAAUUCACACUGGUGUGAGACCCUAUAAAUGCAGAGAGUGUGGGAAAACCUUCAAUCACAGAUCAACCCUUAUUAGGCAUCAGAGAAUCCACACAGGGGAAAGGCCCUAUGAAUGCAGUGAGUGUGGGAAAACCUUUAUACACAGUUCAUACCUUAUUAGGCAUCAGAGAAUCCACACUGGAGAGAGGCCCUAUGAAUGCAGUGAGUGUGGGAAACGCUUCACUACCAACUCAGCCCUUUUUCAACAUCAGAGUAACCACACAGGCGAGAGGACCUAUAAAUGCGGUGAGUGUGGGGAAAGCUUCACUACCAGCAUAACCCUUUCUGAACAUCAGAGAAUCCACACAGGAGAGGCCCUAUGAAUGCAGUGAUUGUGGGAAAACCUUCUGUUGGCACUCAGCCCAUGUUAGCUGUCAGAGAAUCUGCAAGGGAGAUCAACACCAUAAAAACCUCUAGGCUACCCAUACUUCUUUUUCUUUAAUACUUUUCCUGAUUCCCACAUAGUAACUUUUAAAGCUGUUUGAACUGUUUGCAGCACUGUUAUCCCUCAGCUUGUCCAGAUGAAUGGCCCAUUUUUGCCUUUUGACAUUCACCCUGUUUUGAAGUUGAUCCAUUUGUCCUUUCUAUCAACUCCAUUGUCCCAUGAGUAAUUCGAGUGUGCCCUUCCUAUCCGGAACGAGGGAGCAUCACAUUUAUACCAUUCCUCCUAUUGCAAAGUUAUUGUUAAAGUCAACGAUGAUACAGAUUGUAUCAUUUCCAGUUGAUCUCACCUUGCUCUGGGUUGUGCUGAAGAGCAGUUAUAUUGGGAACUUUUCAAAUUAUAUUUAAAUGAAGAGGGACAGGG